AAGUCUGGUUACACUCCAUCUUUAUGUAUGUUAUUCCGUGUAUUUCUUAUGAACGUCGUGUCAGAUACAACUGACAUUUAAUCCGUAGGGACAAGUCAUUGAAAAGUUUAUGUGAAAGGAUUUUGAUAUUUUAGGAAGAGGAUUUGAUUAAAAUGGCGGAAGAUUUUGGAAGGGAAACACCACCAAUGUACACGGGAAACGAAGACACGAAAACAGCUGGUCAACCCCUAUCUGAUUUCCUUUUGCAACUGGAAGACUACACGCCAACAGUACCCGAUGCAAUCAGCGAACAUUAUUUACACACAGCUGGCUUCAAUGGCACAGAUCCCAGGAUAGUCCGACUGGUUUCGUUAGCAGCACAGAAAUUCAUAUCCGAAAUAGCAAAUGAUGCUUUACAACACUGCAAGACACGUGGAGCUAAUCAGAAUACAAAAACAAAGGGGAAGGAUCGGCGAUACACAUUGACCAUGGAGGAUCUCACACCAGCAGUCGCGGAAUAUGGCAUUAUAGUGAAAAAGCCUCACUAUUUCGUUUGAUCUGAAAUCCUGCGCCAUUCUGUAUCUUUAUUUAUAGCUCUGUCAUACGUGUUGACAACUAAUUUCUUCAGUACUGCUGUAUAGCUUAUACAAGACUUCGCACAUUUGUGUAAUUACUCAAUUAAUAUAAUUUGAAGUCUGUACGUGUUAGGUGUCAAGGGCAACAAAGACUCAAAUACAUUAUGUUGCAUUUUGGAAA